AUGUUGCACUUUUCCUGCAACCUCGUUCUCCCAAGAGAAAGAAAUUCUCAAAACUGGGAACCUCAAUCCACAACAAAUUGGAAGGUAGGAGAGAGAAAAUCUGAAAAUGAUCAGACGAAUUUCGCAAAUUUCAAACAUCUUCUCGCAUGUUUCUGUUCGUCAUGAUCCCAAUUUUCGACACAAAUUCAUCCGCUUCUACUCUACGCGACCAGGACCAUUGGUACAGUACCAGAAUCUGGUUGAGCAAGGGAAGUUACAGCAUGAUCCAUAUCAAGAAAAAGUCGCUUCAGAGUUGGAAAAUCUUAUGGGAAGGUUGGAGAACUAUGAGAAGGAUAUGAAAGAAUAUCAUGUAAAGCUAUCAAUCUGGGAGAAGAAAAGGGGGGAAGAGCAUCGCCGGAUUCUAAUGGAGGAGGCACAACGCAAACAAGAGGGCGGUGUGUGGUCAGAAAUUCGGAAGAAGCGUAAUAAGCUGGUUGAAACUUGGGCGACCCGAAGGAAUUCUCAGGAUGUAGAACCAGGAGUAGGAAAGUGGGUUUCAUACCUGAACAGGGAGAGGAAGUUAGAUUCUUUGAUUGGUCCUCGUCCUGUUGCUCCUGUGGCGCCAAAAGGAUUAUAUUUGUAUGGAAAUGUGGGAAGUGGAAAAACUAUGCUCAUGGACAUGUUUUACAGUGCAACAGAAGGGGUUAUUAACCAUCGAAGAAGGUUUCACUUUCAUGAGGCUAUGCUAGAAAUUAAUGAACAUAUGCAUAAAAUUUGGAAGCGCCAAGUGGAAGAAAAACCCUCGCAGUCUAGUAUAUCUAACUGGAUUAUGAACCUUCCCUUUGAUAUCAAAGUCAAAGAAUGGUUGGCUGGAGAAGAACAAUAUAAGCAAGAAAUGCAAUUUAAAUACAUUCUUCCUGCUGUGGCGGAUAAUUUUUUGGUAGGGCAGCAAGUGGGUGAAAGAGGAGCUAGCAUUCUUUGUUUCGAUGAGAUACAGGCUGUUGAUGUAUUUGCUAUUGUGACCUUGUCUGGAAUUGUUAGCAGAUUACUGAGCACUGGAACUGUGCUUGUAGCCACCAGUAAUCGAGCUCCCAGAGACUUGAAUCAGGAUGGAAUGCAGAAGGAGAUCUUCCUAAAGCUGGUUGAGAAGUUGGAAGAACAUUGCCAGAAUGUUUCAAUCGGUAGUGAGAUUGAUUAUCGCCGACUUAUUGCUCAGACAUCCAGUAAAAAGGUUCACUACUUAUGUCCUUUAGAUAGCAAGGCACUGCAGGAAUUUGACAAAUUGUGGUAUGAGGUCACCAACGAAUAUGGAGGAGUUGUGACUACUAAGACAAUCCAAGUGAUGUUUGGAAGGACUUUAGAUGUUUUCCAAAGCUGCAAUGGGGUUGCACGUUUUUCCUUUGAGUAUCUUUGUGGUCGAGCGGUUGGGGCAGCAGACUAUAUUGCAGUUGCUAAUAAUUACCACACUGUCUUUAUAUCUGACAUACCAGCAAUGAGCAUGCGUAUUAGGGACAAGGCACGGAGAUUUAUCACUCUCAUAGAUGAGUUAUACAAUCAUCAUUGUCGCCUAUAUUGUUCUGCUGCCUGUUCCAUUGAUGAUCUUUUCCAAGGAACCGAAGAAGGAACUCUUUUUGAUAUGGAAAGUUUCCAGUUCGAAACAGAGAUGGAAGGUUCAAAGCUUCGCAGGGAUGUCUUAGCAGAAGGCAGUACGAGUUCUGGUGGUUCCCCGAGUGGCAUAAUAUCUUUACUAUCUGGACAAGAAGAAAUGUUUGCCUUCCGUCGAGCUAUCUCUCGGUUGAUAGAAAUGCAGACCCCUCUGUAUUUGGAAGGAGUUCCUUACUUGCAUCCUUACUUCCGAGGACAAUCUAUUGAUCUUGAGAACAAUCACGCUACAACAUUGCAAUCGCAAACAUCUAUUUGACCAUUUUUUUUACUCUGGAGCCUGUUUGAACUUAUCUGUGUAUUCUUGGUGUAUAUGCUGCUGCAUGAUGUUUAUCCAGUUGUAUUGCAAUAUGCUAUAAGCCUAUGGUUUAUGUAAUAACUCGUGAAAAAUUGGAUGUAUGUAUCUUCUCUAUUACAUAAGGGAAGAGGGGAGGGAUAAAUGAGUAAAUACACUUUUCGUGUC